CCUAUUCAGAACAAACAUGGCGUCUGACGGUGGGACACGACGGAGAAUCUUUCUACGAUUCCUCCUGCUUUUCCUCCCAUCAUGCACUGGGUUUCCUCAAGCUGUGUUCAUCAACAAACCCGACGCUAGUCUUGUCCUCCAGCGAAGCCGGCGGGCAAAUUACUUCCUGGAAGAGCUGAAGGCUGGAAACCUGGAGCGCGAGUGUGUGGAGGAGAAAUGUUCAUACGAAGAGGCCAAGGAGAUCUUUGCCCUACCUCAGCAGUUGGAAGUCUUCUGGAGGAUGUACACAGCUGUGGAUCACUGUGCCUCUUCUCCAUGUAAAAAUGGAGCAACAUGCACCCGUCAGGUGGACGCCUACGUCUGCAAGUGCGCACAAGGUUACCACGGAACCAACUGCGAUAAAGCACGCUCUGUGGCCGGAGGCUGCCGCUACAGGAAUGGUGGCUGCGAACAGUUUUGCAAGGAGUUUCCGGAUCGUUCUUUCAUGUGCUUCUGUGCGACAGGAUACCAACUGGACAGUGACAACACCACUUGCGUGCCUCAAGAUGCAAUUCCCUGCGGUAGACCACAAAUCCACUUUUCUCCCCGAGUCGUUCGCGGGGAAAUGUGUCCCAAAGGCCACUGUCCCUGGCAGGGUCAGCUAACAGAGAACCACAGACACUCUUGUGGAGCUGUCAUCCUGUCCGACAGGUGGGUCAUGACAGCGGCCCACUGCGUGUGGAGGAAACCUUCUGGAGUGUUUCAUGUCACGGCUGGGGAGCAUGAUCUUGACGUGAACGAAAAUACAGAGCAGAAACGCCGGGUGUCCAAGGUGGUGAUCCACCGCAACUACAACCAGACCAACUCAGACAGUGAUCUCGCCAUGCUGAAACUACAUCCACCAAUGAAACUGGGUGCCUACGUGGUUCCUAUCUGUUUGCCUGCGAAGAAUAGCACAUUCAGCCGAACACUGGCCACAGUGCGCCAGUCCACCGUAUCCGGCUGGGGUCGUCUGUCCCAGCAUGGUUCCUCGGCUCAGAUCCUGCAGCGUCUCACCCUCCCCAGGGUCCCGCUACAAGAGUGUCGUCAACAUACCCGUCUUGAGAUCACCCGGAACAUGAUGUGCGCUGGAUUUAAGACAGGAGGCCAUGAUGCCUGUGAGGGAGACAGUGGGGGACCGCUUGCCACCUACUACAAGAAGACCUGGUUCCUGACUGGUGUCGUCAGCUGGGGUAAAGGCUGUGCCAAUGCAAACCUGUACGGUGUCUAUGUACGUGUCAGCAACUUCCUAGAGUGGAUCCAAAAUGUUAUGGCACGUGGCUAGAAGGAGGGAACAAAAUCUUGUCCAAAAUAAACAAACUUAAUUCCAAUGUUGGUUGUUAUGGCUGCUCUACCUUUUCUCAGUUAGGCUGAGACAAGUUUGGUUGAAAAGGUUGUCUAAUGUUACGUUAAAAAUAUCUAUUCUAUUGAAUGAUAGUUAAAAAAAAAGUGUGAACCAAUACGACUGGACAUGAUGUAUUGCUGUACUUUAAUUUGGGCUGAACUGAUUAAAAGGAUUUUACUCUCAUAA